AGUCUUGUGUUGGAGCUCACAUAGACAGGGACGAACUUACGGCAGGACUUACUAUUUCGCGUAACCCGGCGAUAUUUUUUAUAUUGUUUAUAUGUUUUUUGUUUAAACUUUCUUUAACGUUUUAUUGUCAUAAUCGGGUCGGAUUUGGUUUAUAUUAAAAAAAUUUAUACGUAGUUAAUUUAGAAAAAAAGUGCAGUAUUUAUUUUAAAAAGGGGUCGGUUUUUAAUUAUAUCUGGUUGUACAGUUGCCCCGGGAGGGUAAGGUAAAUAUAAAAAAAAAGAAAGCCCGUUUUCAAGUUGACAUUCCCCAUUUGGGAGGACGGGAUCCGCAAUAGGAAACGUGCUCCCGGGCGAAUUCUUCUCUCAGUGUCUCCUGACCCUUGUCGCGAUGAAGUGCUGAUCGGGCCGCGAUGACAAAAAAGACGAGAAAUGUCCAUCCCGAGGUGACCUACAGGAGCUUCAGGGAGGCCGAGGAUGACAUCGUCGUCCUGGAAGAGGGCUCGGACAGAAGGAAAAGCGGGAUGAGCCUGAGCAGGAGCAGGUCGGAGAGCAACCUGAGCAGCUCCCAGGCCUCCCUGGCCCUCCCGGUACCUUCCAACACCCUCCACAAAUGCCUCAGGGUCUUGAGCGGGAGCUGGAGGAAUAUAUUCCACCUUGGAGGAAUGAGCAGGGGCAACAAGCCGGCUCAGGCGAAAAAGGUGGCACCUCCUGCUGUCCCAGAAACGGCUUUCAGGAACAGCGGCUCAUCCUUUGGCUCAGCAGGAUAUUCCAGUGCUGGAGAGGACAUUUUCCAUGACAACAGAGAUGGGUAUGAGAUAUCAGACGGUAUGUACAGCAUGGGACCUGGGAAAAGCCCCGGUACAUUUUCUUACCCUGCCUUCACAUUUCCCGGCCCUCAGCAAUUCACACAAAUCGGGAGUAAAGCGUCUUACUACCACCACCAACUUUCACUCCAGGAGGACCAAGGGAUUGACAUGACCCAGAGCCCUGGAAGAGAUAGCCCAGGUUCAAGCGGCUCUGGGUCCCGCCAUUCCACUGUGAGCUUAGACAGCGGAAGAGCUUCAUGUGCUAUGUCCCAUCACCACCGACCGAGCCUCUCGUCAAGUUCUGUGGGAAGCGGAGAAAGUUCCGCUCCAGCUAGGGUUGAACGACUUCUAUUGCAGGGCGUAGCUGACCCUGAGAUUCUCAACAGCUGGCUGAUUGACCUCCAUUUCGAGGAGUAUUUUCCUCUGUUCGUAAAUGCAGGAUAUGAUAUGUACACCAUCUCAAGAAUGACGCCCGAGGACUUAACUGCAAUAGGAAUAAAAAAACCGAACCACAGGAAGAAGCUGAAAGCUGAGAUAGCCCUUUUGAAUAUAUCAGACGGGUUACCUGAUUACAUACCUGGUUCGUUGAAUGAAUGGUUGAGGCUGCUGAGGCUGGAAGAGUACGGUAGCGCUUUAAGAUCUCAGGGUUACACGACAGUCGAGGACACCACGCAGAUAACAUGGGAAGAUCUUGAAGAUAUCGGUAUUGUCAAGCUGGGCCAUCAGAAGAGAAUGUUGCUCGCGAUCAAGAGGAUCCAGGACCUGAGGGCUGGAAAAACAUUCCCACCUACUCCAUUUACGCCGACACAUGUUGACGCAGGAGACCCAUUCGUCGACUGCGAUUGCCCAAGAGUCCACAGCACAUUCAAGACGUUCCACCAACCCUGGGAGAUCGAAGGGUCGCACCAUCUCUAUUACACGACAGAUAUCGUUCCGAUUCAAAUUCGCGGAGGUCGGGGGAAAUCUCUAGAAUCUCUUGAAGGUGGGGAAGAGGGUAAUAAUGGUAUCGGCGUCGGUACGAGUAGCUUCACAGGGCAGUGGAACGUCGGCGGACGGAGGUGUUUCGAAGACGGGGACAUCACGCCUACAAACGAGGUCUUUCCUUUACACCAAGGCGGUGGGACACUGCCAAGGCCGCGGGCCUUACUCAAGCCCAGGCCACAGGCUAAAAUCGCCCCUACACUACAUUGUUUCUCUCAGGAAGGCAGUAACUGCACAUUGAAAAGGACUGGGCCGGUCCCUCCUGCUAGGGUGAGCAGUGAUUGUUCUUCGAGUGUAACUGUAGUUGCAGAUCUGCAUUGCCCCCAUCCGCAACAAUACAACGGCUCUGAUGCUAGUUUUAAGUCAAGUUCAAGUACUGAGUCCGAUUCGAUACCUUUCGCGAAUGAAAAUGCCGGCACUAUAAAACAAAGAGCGACAAGAAAUCCAACAGAAUUUAUUCCCACUGUGAGAGUGCAGCCGCCAGAGCCUUCGUCUUCUCUCCUUCCGCCGAGACCAAAUAAUCGACCGACAAGGUCAUCGAAUAAGGCACACCAUAAAAAACAUUGUAUUUCAAGAAAAAAACCAGGGCAGGAGCCAGUCGACGUCCUAAACGAUAUCGGCAACAUGCUCGCCAAUCUAACGGACGAGUUAGACGCGAUGCUCGAAGAAGAAAAGCGCCAAGGUCUGACAGAUGAUUAAUCAGAUGCAAAACAAUUUUUAACACAAAUUAACCAUCGAGGUGGCCGAUCAGAAGGCCAUAACAUAUUCAUAGUCUACCUCUUUUUAAUUUCCAUAGAAGUUUAAGCGAGAGAGAGAGAGAAAAAAAAA